AUGAGAAAAAAGGCAAAGCCAGCAACUAACAAUGUGGAGAAGACAAAGAAUCGUCUCUUAAAGAGGCAACAGUUCAAGCAACUUAGAGAAAUGGAGUUGCAACAAGAACAACAGUUGUGUCAGUUCGACCGACUCGAUAUGAAAAAGAUCAUGUCAUUACUUGAAGAUAGUAGUAGCAGCAACAACAGUGAUGGCGGCGGUGCCGGUGAUGUGUUUUAUGCUCCUCAUCAAAUAAUACAUUCAUCAAAACCCUUUGGAUAUAACCCUAAUUCGUUAGAGGAGCAGUUACAAGGUAUAUUAACGCCGGUAAAUAUACCUGAAACUAAUACUAUGAACCAAGACAAUGCGAUAUGGGACGGGUUUUGGAACAUGGAUGUUGUGGAUGGACAUGGUGGGAACUUGGAUGUUGUGGCUGCUACUGCUGCUUGUGGCCCAAGGAAGCCUUAUUUCCAUAACUUGGUUAUUCCAUUUUGUUAA